UGGCGAUGAGGGCCUAGGGCUAUCUUGCCGGUGGCAGUGCCUGUGCUUGUGUUUUGAGUGGCCAGUAUGAAUUUCAGCUUCGUUGUCGCCCCUAGAGUGUUUAGAGCGAUUCAAAAUGUUGACAUUGCAGAAUUAGCAAAAUGUACAUCCAAAGAAAUUCGUCCGAUUCUCCCAUGUCUUGUUCGAAUGAGCUUGAUAUCUCCUUUGGACAACACCAGGGAAUGUGCAGAAGGACGAAAGGAAAUUUUAACUCUAUUGUCGGGAAUCGAACUCGUCAACUCAAUUGUUGCCUUACUCUCAAUCGAUUUCCAUGCCCUGGAGAGUGACGUAAAGAAGGAACAGCAAAUGAGGCAGAAACUAGGCAGUUCUCAGUCAGAAAGUAUUCUUAUCCAGUCACUACAGAAUGGCCUUGCUCUGGAAUUUGAGCGAAGUGAUUCGACCCGUAGGUUACGUCUUGUCCUUAGCGAGUUACUCUUUAUUUCUUCACAGAUCCAUGAACAGCAGCGCGGGCAAGAAUUCUACAUGAAGCAGUCAGAUUUGUUUGAUAAUAAGGUGUAUGUGGAGGAGAUAUGUGAUGUGAUCUGUAUUGCCUUGGCUGAACUUCCAGCGGUACUAAGCAUACAGGAUGUUGUAGAAACACUGCUUCAUGUGAAACAUGGUCCUGAAAUCAUCUGCUGGGUUGUUGCUAAUUCACCUGACUGUUUCAGAGAAGUAUGUACAAGUUUGAUUGCAAAUGGAGAGAGGCAAGAGGAAGACAAUGUGGGCGGACGGAUCCGCAUGCAGGCUCUCAGUAUGUUGUGUCAAAUGAACCCAGUCCAGGCACUUGCUAUCCGAGCAAAAUGCGUGGAACUUUGCCGUAUGCCAGCAUUGGCUAUCACACUUAGCCUAGAUCAUGCAGGGCGCACUCUUGGCACAGAUGCUGAGGGAGAUAUGGUGGCCUUUGUGUCUGGCUUGCUGCUUGGUAAUGACCAACAGGUCCGAAAUUGGUUUGCCAUGUUUGUUCGAAAUGGACAAAAGAGGAAGUGGGAGUCUCACACAGCUCUUCAGUUACUGAGAGAGGAACUCCUGAGACGCCUGCAGACAAUCAUCCUCUUCUCACUAGACAGUCAGUUGCCUGAUUCUUGCGUUGUGCAGGCUUCAGCGCUCCUGCGUUUAUACUGUGCACUCCGUGGCAUUGCAGGCAUAAAAUUUCAGGAAGAUGAAGUUUCACUGAUUGUGCAGCUGCUGACAUCACAUCCACCACCAUCUUCUGCUGGAGUUCGCUUUGUUUCUUUGGGGUUAUGUAUGCUCAUUGCAUGCCCCUCCCUCAUUGGACAACAGGAACAUGAGAAACGUAGCAUCGAAUGGGUCCAAUGGCUUGUGAGGGAGGAAGCUUAUUUUGAAAGUGCAAGUGGUGUGACUGCAUCAUUUGGUGAGAUGUUGUUGUUGAUGGCAAUUCACUUCCAUAGCAACCAACUUAGUGCAAUCUGUGAACUGGUGUGCUCUACUCUGGGAAUGAAGGUUCCCAUUCGACCAAACAACAUGACAAGAAUGAAGCAAAUUUUCACACAGGAAAUUUUCACAGAGCAAGUUGUGACCUCACAUGCAGUCAAGGUUCCAGUCACAGCGAAUCUUAAUGCCAACAUUCCAGGCUUCUUGCCUGUCCAUUGUAUUCACCAGUUACUGAAAAGUCGUGCCUUCACUAAACAUAGAGUUCCCAUCAAGGACUGGAUAUAUAGGCAGAUCUGUAGCAGUGUUCCCCCUCUGCAUCCAGUACUACCAGCCCUUGUAGAGGUGUAUGUCAACUCUGUCUUGGUCCCUAGUCAAAAAGCUCCUCAAGAGCACAUAAAUCGCCCAAUGGGUGAGGAUGAGAUUCGACGCGUGUUCCAAAAUUCGGUCUUUGGUGCCCAGUUUGAUGGCAAGAAGCAGUGUCCAAGUCCAGCUGUGGCUGUGAUGUCUUCAGAAGACAGAGAUACGGAUACCGAGGAGUUACAGGCAGUUGUAUCUACACCAUCUCUCACAUCACAGCUCCUCCUGUUAUAUUAUCUGCUGCUAUAUGAAGAUGUGAGACUGUCUAACACUCACGGUUAUGUAUAUUCAGGUCGAAAAGUGAAGAGUUACUCAACAGAAUUUUUGUCAGAAUUACCCAUUAAAUAUCUCUUGCAGCAAGCACAGAAGGACCAACAGAGUUAUGCAGGAUUGUUCUCACCACUGCUUCGAUUGCUUGCAAUGCAUUUCCCUCAUCUUUCGCUAGUUGAUGAUUGGCUGGAAGAGGGGAUGGUGAUGGAGAUGGGCAGCCAACAUGAACAAGCACCUGUCAGUGAAGAAGCCAUCAUAGAAGCAUUCAGUCAUAUCCAGUCAUGUCCGUUAAGAACAGGACGUCUUUUGCGUCAGCUCCUGUCGAUGCCUGCAACUGACAUAUGGCCAUAUGCUGAAACAAUUAUAAAAUUCUUCAAAUCUAUGCUUGAUGACAAAGUGCCUCGCUACAUACAAGAGCUAUACAAACAGGUGUGGCUGCGACUGAAUACAGUGUUACCUCGCUGUCUGUGGGUUAUGUCCAUUAAUGCCUUGCUAUAUGAGUCAGCUGCUGUCAAGAACGUGUUCCUUACACAGGAAAAUAUUGUACUGGAUCCUCUUCAGGUGCUGCGAUGUGACACUCGAGUGUUCAGGUGUGCAGCUGCAUUAAGUGUUGUACUGCGUGUGCUAGAAGCAUCCUUGGCUGCAUCACGCAGUCAACUGUCACGCCAUUUGCAAGAUUGCCCUCUAAUGGAGCGUACUGGUCAGCUUACUAAUGAGGCAGAGAGAGAAGAACUGCGUGUGGCUCUAGUGGCUACACAGGAAAGUGUGGCUGUACAGAUACUGUUGGAGGCAUGUCUUGAGACUGAAGAAGACAGGAAGAAACCAGGGCAGUUAUGGGCUUUGCGUGAAGUGCGCAGCCUUGUGUGCUCAUUCCUGCAUCAGGUGUUCAUUGCAGAUACUUCACUGGCAAAACUGGUUCACUUCCAGGGCUAUCCUCAAGAACUGCUCCCUAUAACAGCUCCAGGCAUUCCGUCUAUGCAUAUUUGUCUGGACUUCAUUCCUGAGUUGCUGAGCCAGCCAUCACUGGAGAAGCAAGUAUUUGCCAUGGAUCUGGUGUCUCAUCUUGCAGUGCAGUAUGCGCUUCCCAAAUCUCUGAGUGUUGCUCGUCUCGCCAUCAACACUCUGUCUACACUACUUGGUGUUCUGCCCAGCUGGAGUCGUCAAGAACUGUUUGGGCCAUGUUUACCAGCACUGGUACGUAUCUGUGAAGCAUUCCCUCCUCUUGUAGAUGAUGUGAUUUCACUACUGAUGCAGCUGGGACGUAUAUGUAUGUCAGAGGCAUCCCUCACAGCCCGGCAAGAUGGUUUAGUGCUCUCAUCCAUGACUGGAGGAAACAGCGAUGGCAAGAUCAGUGCUGCAGAUAACCAUACUCUCUGCCUUAAGAUACAGGCUACAUUUGCAGAUAUUCUUUCAAGGGCAGUACUUAAAGUGAAGAUCUAUUAGUUAUCUGUGCAUAAUAGUGCCUUCAUUUCAGACUGAAAUGCCUUUUUACAGAUGUCUGACUAUUAAGGUUUGUGACCACAGUAAAAAAAUAUUUUGAAACAGCAAAUAAACCCCUGCCAAUGCUCUUUAAGUUUAUUCAGAUUCAUUUUAUAAAUCUGUAAAUUGCAAUAUACCAUAUUUCCCAGUGUAAAAGAUGCAUAUUGUGCUUUUUUCAAGUUGGUUAUUCCACAAUAUUAUCAGUAUUGAGACUAUAUAAUGUAUAUAAUAGUACAAUUAAUAAAUGUAGAACAGUUCAUGGAAAUAGAAUUGAAAGAGGAACCAAAGUACUUUGAGAAAACUUGUCCCAGUGUCACUCUGUCGAUCACAAAUCCCACAUGAAAUGACGUGGGAUUGAACCAGAACUGCUGCAAUAGAGUGCCUACCUAAGCUAUGGCAUGGCCCUGUAAUGAUAUAGAAAGGGGAAAUUAAGACUUUUUCCCUAAACUACGCUGAUAUAUAAGAUAUGCUACAGUUUUUAAGGCCAUUUGUGAGCAGAAAAUUGUAUUAUACUGAUACUGUAAACAUAUUCUUGCACACAAAGAACGUUUGAUAAUUUGAACCGAAGACAUUUUCACUGUAUGUUCAAACCAUGUUAAUAGUUCUUACAGCUUGAUAAGAUAACACAAUUCACUCAAAUCUGUGUUUUAAUAUGAAAUCCCUUAACCACCAGUCUCUGCUCCUACUGCUUCCCUUGCAAGAUAUCUCUUAGGAUAGACACACCACUUAGUCAUGCUACUGUCGUUAUGUGUGAGAAGUGGACAGAUGACACUACAGCUAUGCUUUUUCUGCCCACAACCUGACAU